AUGGAGUUAUCAGGAUUGAAAAAGAAGAGUUUGCUAGGACUCAAAGAAAAUAAUAAAAAAUCCAACACUAGGGCUCCCUCACCAACCAAGCGCAAGGAUAGGUCUGAAGAUAAAUCAAAGGACCGGUCCAAGGAUAAAGCAGCCACUAAGGAAUCAGGUGAAAAGGAUCGUGGUCGAGACAAGACGCGCAAAAGACGCAGUGCUUCCAGCGGGAGCAGCAGUACCAGAUCCCGUUCCAGCUCAACUUCCAGUUCAGGGUCCAGUUCCAGCACUGGUUCUAGCAGUGGCUCUAGCUCCUCUUCUGCCUCAAGCCGCUCUGGGAGCUCCAGCACCUCACGCAGUUCCAGUUCCAGCAGCUCCUCUGGAUCUCCAAGUCCAUCUCGACGGAGACAUGACAACAGGAGACGCUCCCGCUCCAAGUCCAAGCCACCCAAGAGAGAUGAAAAGGAGCGGAAGAGGCGGAGCCCAUCACCCAGACCUACUAAAGUGCAUGUUGGAAGGCUCACUAGAAACGUGACCAAGGAUCACAUCAUGGAAAUUUUUUCCACUUAUGGGAAGAUUAAAAUGAUUGACAUGCCAGUUGACAGACUAAACCCGCACCUCUCUAAAGGUUAUGCUUAUGUGGAGUUUGAGAACCCAGACGAUGCUGAGAAAGCCCUGAAGCACAUGGAUGGAGGCCAGAUUGAUGGUCAGGAGAUCACUGCCACAGCUGUGCUGGCACCACGACCUAGGCCGCCUCCCAGACGCUUUAGCCCACCCAGGAGGAUGCUGCCACCACCACCGAUGUGGCGCAGGUCACCCCCUCGCAUGAGGAGAAG